GCUUGAACCAACUUUUAGAUGGUGUGGCGAUAAAGGGAGAGACAGGCAAUGUAAGCUCCUCCAGCAACGGACAAAGAUGCGCCAGUGAGAAAAGACAAUCCAGAGUAAGUGGUGGCCCUUCGUAGAUCCGCGCUGACAGGUUCACUGUUUAGGCUCAGAAUGCGUAGUAAGGCCAGUUGGAGACGAGUUCCUCCAUAUCGUCCAAGAAUAAAUUUAAACGGAUGCAUGGAUCUGAAACGAAUGUCUCCAAAUGCAGAGCGAAUGGCGGACGGAGUGUAGCGAUUGUUAUGCCUUCAUUCGGUGCGCUCGGGCUGAAGACACGCGAGGAAGGUUCAUGGACACAGGAGAAUUUUCGUAAGGAUCGACAGGUCGACCCAAUAACGAUGAACAGAUCCCGCAAAUUCUCAGCCUUGGUGAGAAACGGGAGGCCAUGGUUGAGAGACAGUUCUACAAGUUCCCCGGGUGCUUGUUCCAACCGAAAGAAGUUGGUGAUUAUAGGAAGCGGUCCUCACACCAACUCGAGUCAUUCCCGGCAAGUGAAAGCCAUUUCAGAGAUUUCAGCUUGGCAAUGGUGUCCCAUUCGUGGCGGUGGAGGGAGGAUAGGACAAAUGGCAAACGCAGCGAGCUUAGACUGGACAUGCGAUCCAUCAGAGAGAACAGGUUUUCCCUAUACAACGACCCGAAGAUUCCGUCGUGAAACAAGAGCGAUUGCAGCUGUUGCAUCGGCAGGAAUAGGAAGUACUCUUCCAAACGUACUAUGUCCUCACGUAAUUUUGGGUAAUCGGCUGCUAUUGGCGGAAUGUCCCCACGGAAUUCUAUACAGCGCCACGUCCAGUGAACUAGAUUUGGGAAUGGUCGUUGUCCUUUUGUGAACGGUGACGAGGGUCCAUUGAGGAAGGCAUGGAGUAUAUGGCCAUGAUAAAAAAUUUGAGACUCGAGGUGAAUGGUGCAUACAGUUUGAAUCUAUCGUAGUCGACAGGGGGUCAGUCCAUAGUCGGAGGCUUCGUCCAACCUCGCCCAAGAGCCCUUGGUCUUGUUUAAUGCCCAUUCGUGCCAACCUGGGAUGAGAGGAAGAAGGCUGCAACAAAAAACCUUCUGCCAGAUAAGCCGACUCGC